UUAAAAUGCGGACGGUUAUGACUCCACCGUCAUCGUCAAGUUGGUUUCCAUGACGUCCGUUUGGACUGUGACGCUGUUGUGUUUCUCAUUCUGCUCGGUUGCGCUGGGCCAGCUCUCCAUGGACUUCUUCAAGCCAAAAUGCGCUCAACUUGGUGAAGCAUGUACGAGGACGCCGAUCAAGAAAUGCUGCGAUAACACGGUAUGCAAAUUGUACUAUCCGCUUGUGGGGUUGUGUGUACCGUGUUACACAAAGGGAGCAAUGUGUCUAAACAACGAAGAAUGUUGUUAUGGUGCUUGCUUUUUCAAUCGAUGUUUAUAAAUGAUGUAAAGACGAGAGUUAUCACGUGAGACGCGAUGUUUUUCUUUCACUGCAUCCGUCGUAUUUUUAUUAACAGUAAAGAACAUGCGACACACUGUUAUCACAC